AAAAUUUAGAUAUUCAAUACAUUAUUUUAAUCAAUCUAUAGACUUUAUUAAUUAUUAAGGAAUUUAUAAAUUAAAGUAUAAAUGGGCUCAAGUCAUCCUAAUGAUAAAAGAAGAUAAGUCAGAGGAGGUAUUUAAAUUUAAUUGAAUAAGCUAAGUUUCGUUAGUAAUGAAGUUAUAUAAGGUAUACUUCAUAUAAACCUUCAAGAGCCUUUUUAAGGGUGCUUUCUAUAAAUCAAUCUUUCAGGGUUUGAAGAUUAUUAUUGUACAUAUGAAACUACUGAAUAUAAUUAACAUACGGAAUAAGAGGAAACAAAAACUUAAUUUUUGGAAGGUCAUAGUAAUUUUUUAAAUUAUAGUAUGCCUGUCUAUGAUUUCUCUUAAGGGGCAGAAAACUAAGGAUUUGUAAUUCAACCUUGUUAGUUAUCUAUUCCAUUUUAGCUUCAAAUUGCUUAGUAAUUACCUUCUUCACUCGAAUAUUUUAGCAAUGAUCAUAAUAAAUGCAGUCUGAAAUAUUUAUUAACAGCAUAAAUACUUUCCACAGAUCCUAAUGUAAGGCCUGUUAGUGCAAGCUAAAAGAUAACUAUAGGGUAAAUACACUAAGUUUAAAAUUUACCCAAUCUCAUUACUUCAAAAUAAACACCAGUUUUUUGUUGCUGCUUUAAAUCAGGUGAAAUAAAUUACAGUACACUUUUGAACAGUAGAUCUUUUGUCUCUAACGAUAAUGUAAAUAUAGUAAUCAAUAUAGAUCUUGACUAAUAUCAAAAAACAGUAAACAAUUUUAGUGUAAAACUCAUUGGGAAGCUUUCGAUGGGGAGUUUUCAUGUUAUUAAAUAGUUUAAAAAAAGCACUUAAAUUUAUACAAAUAUUAGGCGAGUAUCUUAAGAAAUCUAAAUUAAAAUUCCUAGUAAUCUUUUAUUAAGUUCUAAAGGUUAGCUAAUUUAAAUGAACUACUACUUAGAAAUUUUACCUCAUAUUGAUUCUUGUUGGUCGGUAACUACUAAUUUACCUCAUAAAGUGCAAAUUUAUAUAAAUCCUAAUUCAAACAUACACUUUCAAGGUAUGCAACAAGAUUAACCCUAACAAAUACCUUAAAACUGGAAUCCUGUUAUAUUACAAUAAGCUUAAUUUAAUCCUAAGCAGUACAAUUAAAUGUAAUAGUAGCACUUAUAAAAUUUAGCUUAUGAAUAAAAAUUAUAUGAUAAUUACUAAGCAAUUCAACCAUCUAAAAAAAAAGUUGAGAAUUAACUAGAAAUGAACAAUUUAGAACAAUAAAAUAAAAAUUAGCAAUAACAAAUUAGCAAUCAUCAAGACCAAAUUUAAGUUAAAAUUGUUAAUGAUUAAUAAUAAUAAAUUUAACCAAAUUAAAAUUAGAACUUCAAUAUUAAUUAAUUCGACUAAAUACCUGGAUAUGACUAUCCUCUAGGUUAAUCAGAAAUGAAAGAUCAAAAUAAAACUAAAAUUUGA